AUGACCGUAGCUGAGUAUGCUUCUAAGUUGGAGUCGUUGGCGAAACAUUUCCGCUACUUUCGAGGACAGAUAGAUGAAGGCUAUAUGUGCGAGCGCUUCAUUGAUGGGCUGAGUUAUGAGCUACAGAGAGCGGUGCAACCGCUAGAGCUAAACCGCUACCAAGUGCUGGUGGAGAAGACCAAGGGAAUCGAGGCCAUUGAUAACGCAAGGGGAAAGUACCAAGGUCUGAACAAGUCUAACCAAGGAAGUGGAGGUCCGACAAGGACUAACCAAGGAAGAGAUGACCAGGGCAAGCACUAUAAGAAGAAGCCGUACCUCCGUUCUCAGGGGGAGGGAGCAGUUUCUGGGUCCUUUUAUCCCUCGGGCGAAAAUAAUUUUGCACCAAGACCUCUAUCAGUAAGUUUGGAGGAUGUGACUUGCUUCAAGUGCAACAAGAAGGGACAUUUUGCCAAUCGCUGUACUGAGCCGGUUUGCUGGAACUGCAACAAGGUUGGACAUUUUUCUAAGGAUUGCAAGGUUCCUAAGGUUGAGGUUACUACGAAUGUUGCUGGGGCUAGGAGGCCUACUGCUAGUGGAAGGGUCUACUCGAUCAGCGGAGCUGGAGCUGAUGAAGACAAUGGUAUGAUGCGCAGUACCCGCGAGAUCCCGGGUAAUUCCCUUGUCGUACUAUUUGAUUAUGGUGCUACACAUUCUGUUAUAGACUUAGCUUUUGUGACGUGGUUAAAGCUAGAUGUGACAGAAUUACCGUUCGACUUGAUAGUAUCUAUCCUUGUUUCAUAA